AUGGCUGACUUUAUUGACCCCCGGAUGUCCUCCAUCAAGCCUCGGGUGCGCUACAAUACCAUCGGAGGCAUCAACGGACCGCUGGUUAUCCUCGACAAUGUCAAGUUUCCCCGUUAUAACGAAAUUGUCUCGUUGACCCUCCCAGAUGGCACAGAGCGCAGUGGUCAAGUGCUGGAAGCCAGAGGAAACCGGGCUGUUGUGCAGGUGUUCGAAGGCACUACCGGUGUCGAUGUGAAGAAGACCAAAGUCGAGUUUAGUGGCCACAGCUUGAAGCUUGGUGUUUCCGAGGACAUGUUGGGCCGAACAUUCGACGGUUCGGGACGAGCUAUCGACAAGGGCCCCAAGGUGUUGGCGGAGGAUUACUUGGAUAUUAACGGCCAGCCUAUCAAUCCCUACUCACGAGUGUACCCCGAGGAAAUGAUUUCGACCGGUAUCUCCGCUAUCGAUACGAUGAACUCCAUUGCUCGUGGACAGAAGAUCCCUAUCUUCUCAGCUGCCGGUUUGCCGCAUAACGAAAUCGCCGCGAGUAUAUGUCGCCAAGCAAGUCUGGCCAAGCCCACGAAGGAUGUUCACGACGGUCACGAGGAGAACUUCUCUAUUGUCUUCGCCGCUAUGGGUGUCAACAUGGAGACUGCUCGCUUCUUCAAGCGCGAUUUCGAGGAGAACGGUAGUAUGGAGCGUGUUACUUUGUUCCUGAACUUGGCCAACGACCCGACUAUUGAGCGUAUUAUUACUCCUCGUCUUGCCCUGACCACUGCCGAAUAUUACGCCUACCAGCUCGAGAAGCACGUCCUGGUCAUUAUGACUGAUAUGUCGGCCUACUGUGAUGCCCUGCGUGAAGUUUCCGCUGCCAGAGAAGAAGUCCCCGGUCGUCGCGGUUAUCCCGGUUACAUGUACACAGAUUUGUCCACCCUGUACGAGCGCGCUGGACGAGUGCAGGGCCGCAAUGGCUCUAUCACACAGAUUCCCAUUCUGACCAUGCCUAACGAUGAUAUCACGCAUCCUAUCCCAGAUUUGACAGGCUACAUUACAGAGGGUCAAAUUUUCAUUGAUCGUCAGCUCGACAAUCGCGGUAUCUACCCACCGAUCAACGUGCUGCCCUCUCUGUCCCGUCUGAUGAAAUCCGCAAUUGGCGAGGGCCGCACUCGUAAGGACCACGGAGACGUUUCUAACCAGCUGUACGCUAAAUACGCCAUUGGUCGUGAUGCCGCCUCCAUGAAAGCCGUCGUAGGAGAAGACGCCCUCUCUUCGGAAGACAAGCUCUCUCUCGAGUUCCUCGAGAAAUUCGAGCGCACUUUCAUCAGCCAGUCUCCCUACGAGGCGCGCACCAUCGAGGAGUCCCUCGACCUUGCUUGGAACCUCCUGCGCAUCUACCCCAAGGAAUUGCUUAACCGCAUUCCCAAGCGCACUCUCGAUGAGUUCUACGCUCGCCAUGCUCGCAAGAUCCCUAACAAGGAUACCAACGACAACUCGCAUGAGAACCUGAUCGACGCAUGA